AUGGAGAAGAAUCACAAGAAUAUUAACAGAAAAUUUAUAGCAAUAGAAAAUUCCGUAGAUCAAUUCAAGAGAGAGCUUCAGAAUAUGCCCUUCACAAGUGAAUUUAUCAGUACAGCCGUGAUGACAAGUAACCUUAUAAUCAGCCUCAGAAAUAUACAACAAAAUUUACUCGACACUAUUACAAAUAUAUACAACGGAAAAUUUGGUUUCCACUUGUUAUCUCCCAAUCAGUUAAGACAAGAACUGAACGUUAUAGCAAGCCAGCUCCCGAAAGACCUAUCAUUACCAAUAGAUAACUAUAAUUUAUAUGAAAUCUACAACAUACAGCAGGUGCGAGCUCGAAUAAGGGGUAAUUACAUCAUAUUCGAACUCAAGAUACCUCUCAUCAGCAGAGAUAUGUUUGAAGUCCUGGAAGUUAUACCAGUAACUUAUAUAUCAGAAAAUAAAGAAGAAAUUUUCGUUGUACCGGUAUCAAGAUACAUUGCUAUCAAUUUAAAGAAAUACUCCCUAGUACCACUGACCGAAAAGGACCUAGAUUAUGUACUAGAAGAGAUUUCAAAAUUAUUUUGUGCCAUCAUAAAAAGCCUAUUUACUACAUAA